AUGAAGAUAAUCGCCUCCAGGCAUACGGGCAUUCAUAUCGACAACUAUCCCAUUGGCUAUACAUUCAUACAAAUUUUUCUUUGGUUUGGGCUCUACCGAAAUGGGCAUCAAUUGGACAUCACUGUCAAAGCGGUACAGAUUGUCCAUUGGAUUAUUGUUGUGCAAUCGGAUUCGUUCGCUAUAGUGUACCACAAUGUCAGCCAAUGGGUCAGAUCGGGGAUUGGUGUCGGACCAAUAAUGAACCGCAAAACCGAACCCUCGCCUAUCCUAAUGGAGAAUCUCAUGAAUUUUCCCAAAUCUAUAUCCAAUUCUGUCGAUGCAGUGCUGGACUUGUCUGCGAAAGAGCCAAAUGUACUGCAUCCUAAUAAAGAAUAA